AUGGAGAAACUACGGCAGCACGAUUUAGAGUUAUCAAAAGAGACAACACCAGUGCCCACUCCGACAACUCCCGGUGCUUCCUCGUCGAACACUUCUUCAGGACACAGCCACAGAAAUACAGGAGGAAUUACCAUAGAUAGUAUACCGGAAAUUCCUCCAUUUAGACCCCGAAAAUCGAAGGAAUGGACACCUCCACCAGUUGAGGCUGAUUCCAUGCAUCAUUUAACCAUCGGUCCUGGAGGAGUUGAAUGGGCUCGAAGAUUAAAAGAAGACUCAGAAAUACAUCGAAGUACCGAUUGCAUUGCUCCAAAAGAUGCGUCUAGUUCAGAUUCAGAUCUAUUAAAAAGUAGCCCAUUAUGGCCUCCAAGGCCAAGAUCGCCACCCCAAAUUCCUGCAAGAGCGCGCCCUUUGGUUCCUCAGGACCCAUCGCUUAGUGAUAGUGCUAAGAGUGUUUCUAGCCAGGAGACUCCAGAAGAAGCUGCAGCUAAAGCUGCGGCAGAGGAGUUAGCUGCUAAAAAGACUAGAGUGAAACAGAGCCUUAUGAAACGCGCAAGAUCGGUGGCCAUAUUCUCCUUAAAAUUAAAAGAACGUCGAGCAAGGGAAGCUCAAGAAAAGGGUUUAAAGCCUCCCGUUACGCCAACUGCCCCUCUUCCACCACCUCAACAAGGAGGCGAGUUAGCUUGUAUACCUAUUGAAAAGCUUAUCCAAUUAGAUGAUUUGAAACGUCUGCCGAAACCUUCUAACAGCCAACCAGGUGCUUUGUAG